CGAGAUUCCACUUGCUGCGGUUGCUGCGGCUGAAGCAGCAGCCGCCCACCUUGGCCAUCUCUUUUAAGUCUCCAAGUUGAGCAUCCCCCUCGCCAUAUCCCAUGCUCUCAAGACCAGUCUUUCUUCGCCUGUUGACUAGAGCCCCCUCCCGCAUUCCCAGACCGUCUACCUUCCUUACCCGCUCCUUUACUCCCUCAACCAUGUCCGCAUUUGCGAAGCAGCCCGUUACGGACCCGGCGAGCGUGCCGAACCCCUUGGGCGAGGGCAACUACAUCAAGACUGCGGGAUGUCUCAUUAUCGGCGACGAGGUACUCAACGGCAAGACCAAGGACACCAACAGCAACUUCUUCGCGCAGUUCUGUUUCGACCUCGGUAUCGAGCUGAAGCGCAUCGAGGUCAUCGCCGAUGACGAGGCGGAGAUCGUGGAGGCUGCCCGGCGCAUGACACAGAACUACGACUUCGUAGUCACCUCUGGUGGCAUCGGCCCUACCCACGAUGACAUCACUUACGAGUCACUGGGCAAGGCUUUCGACCUCCCACUCGAGCACGACCCCGAGACCAUGCGCCGCAUGGCUGUCAUGACGACCGAGAAGCGUCUUGCGGAGCUCGCGGUGGCAUCAGCGGAGGAGAAGGCCGCACGGGAUCGCAUGGCACUCUUUCCCAUCGCGAAUGGUGGACACGGUGGCGACGGGCAAGGUGGCUCCCGCUCCGAAGUUCUCUUCGUGUGUGACGACCGCUGGGUGCCAGUUGUGCGGCUGGGCGGCAAGCUUUGUGUAUUCCCUGGAAUUCCCAGCCUGUUUCAGCAGCUUCUCCUUGGCUUGGUACCAUAUCUGCCUCUUCCGCCGGCGUCGUCCAAGCCCUUCCGCUUGUUGGUCUUCACCAACUGGCCCGAGUCCAAGAUUGCGCCCUUCCUUGGCGAGCUGCAAACGCGUGUGAAGAAGGAGGGCAUCCGCAUCGGAUCCUACCCAUAUCUCUACAAGGGCGUACAUGUGAGCCUGAUUGGGCACGAUGUGGAGCGCGUCAAGGAGCUCGGGGAGGAGGUGGCCAGAACUCUUGAGGGCGACAUUAUCUCGCAGGGCACGCUGGGGAGUGACAAGACAGCCGCGCCCGUCAAGGCGUGAACAUAGUCAUAUGUGAUUAGUGUAUGCUUCAUUGCGAUAAACUCUGG